AUGGCGACCAAGAGCAGCGGCAAAGAGCCGGAAGCAUCCGACGAAGUGCCUACGAACCCGCGUGGCAUUCCACGGGCGCCCUUUGUCGACCGGGUCGAGGACUACGUGGCCUCGCGGGACGACGUCGAGCCGACGCUGCGGCGGUUCCAGGAGAUGAUAUCAAAGUACCAGUUCAUGGAGUCCAACCUUCAGCGCCGUGUAGCUGGUCUGGACGAGAAGCUGCCGGACAUUCAGAAGACGCUGGACACGGUGCGGUUCCUGCAGCUGCAGAGGAAGAAGGGCGGGUCUCAGUCGGGCGCGGACUCGGAUGCGGAAUCAGACGACGGCGACGCAGCCAUCGAGACGACGUUCGAGCUCAACGACACGCUGUACGCCAAGGCGACUGUGCCGCCGACCGACGAGGUGUAUCUGUGGCUGGGGGCCAAUGUGAUGCUGGCAUAUCCCAUCGACGAAGCCGAGACGCUGCUGCGGCAGAAGCUGACGACGGCCCAGACGACGCGGCGCAACUGCGAGGAGGACCUGGAGUUUCUACGGGAGCAGAUCACGGCGCAGACGAUGGAGGUGGCCCUUGCGCGAGUGUACAACUGGGACGUGGUGCAGAAGCGGAAAGAGAAGGAGGGCGAGGCGGCAGCAGCCAAGGACGGCAAGGCUGUCGCGGGGUCAGGUGGCUAG